AUGUCGAGUGGAGGGCCGGAUGCGCCGACGAAGAAGAAGGGUAUGGGCGUCAAGGAGAUGGAACAGACGGUGUCAACACUACACAAGCAGAAUUUUGACUUGAAACUCGAAUUGUACCACCGAAGGGAGCGGCAGACUGCGCUCGAAGACGAAUUGACCAGGAUGAAGGAUGACAGUGCGCAACUUACUGAGCUGAAUGACCGCUUGGUUGAGGAGCUGGAGAAGCGGGAUAAGGCAGUGGAAGAGGCAGUCGCGAUGAUUGUGUUAUUAGAGGCACAGGUUGAGACGCUUCUGAAAGAGCGCGAGAUGGUCCGACACUUCGCGUCGCUUCAGAGGAUGCCUAGCUUUCUGUCAGAGCAGAGCCAAACUACGGAAAACCUUCGCAACGUUUAUCUGGGAGCCAAGGGAGGUAGCCUGUUAAGCCUCCUUAGACCGACUGAAACGCCUGUCGAUAUUGAACACGAACGAUUGGCGAGCCCCAGUCUGAGUGUUUUGAGCGAGAGUUCGUUUGUUAGUGUAUAUGGCAAGCACAAUGGCCAGGACGGCGACAUGACAAUCACGCAGUUUGACGAAAGGCCAACUCUCGAGACGCACUCGCCGGGAGGCGCAUCUUAUCCGCCGCUUACGGAUAUGCUGGAUCAAAACUCCCCGCUCCAGAGACUGGAAAAGAUGGACCGCACGUACUCACUUAAGACUACUAGCUCUCAGCAAUCCGGGCGGGACAGGGAGGCGGAGUAUCAGAGGGCGGCGGGUGCCCCGACUACCCUUUCCAGGACCGCUUCGCAGCGCCGGACAAAGGAGCAGAAGCGGGAGGCGUUGAAGAAGGUGAUGACGGACGCCCCAGGACGCUUGCGGGACCAGAACAUGCCACCUACCCCUGACACAAUCUCUACGACCACCCUUCGACACUACCAGAACUCGGCCGAUACCUUGUCGCAGCAGCAAGGUCUCGCCCACCAGCAGAGCUACUUGACUCUUUCCGAAACCAAUUCGGUACCUAGCCUAGAUGCUCAACCGGGGCCUCGGGCGCGCACAGUGAUCCCGGCCAACUUUGCUGUAGCGCAGCCGCCUUCCAUGACGGCAUUUCACAGCAGGAGGGAUGCGCCGCGGAGCAGCUACUUUGACAAUCGACCCCCAUCAUCCAACGGCCCCGAGGAUGAGUCGGACGCCAACUCGAUGGCUUCGAGCCUAGAUAUCUGGAUGAAGGACAGCUGGAAGCCCGCCAAAUCAUAUGGUAACGGCGGCCGGCGGUCUCCGGACCUUUUCGGAUUCCCCGCCAAGGGUGUUACGGGUCUCACCAGUCCAUGGUCGCCCGAGGCGAUAUUCAACGCGGCGUUUGCCAAGCCGUCUACAACGGGUGGCGGUGGCAUCAAUAGUGCUCUAGAUGGCUUGGUUCCGGCGGAGACGGCACUUUUCGGCUCGGGAGUUCCGCCUCCUCCCCCACCGGCGCUCCAGCUUGCACGCGCAGACGGGCUCCACUUCGGCAUCGGCCAUGCUCGACGCCAUGAACAGGAGCGAGACUUCGGCUAG